UACAAGUAUUCUAUUCUAAAACAAAAAUGGGUGAAUAACCUUCCAAAAGAAUAGAGAAAGUUUGGAUUUCUGGUAGACCGAAAAGAACAAAAACUAAAAGAAAAUUACCUUAAAAAGCUAAAAAAUCUCCAUUUUGAGGCCUUGAACAAAUCUCAUGCCAUGCAAAACAACACUCAUUACCAAACUCUUGGAAAACAAAAUUAAAAAAUAAAUAAUUAAAAGUUCAUCUCUUUCCCUACAACCUCGUCUCAGAUUCUUUGAAGAAGUCGCAUACUAUAAUAUAAACACUUCAAUACUCAGACACGUCUCCUACUAUUCCUCCCCUUGUGCCCCUCUUUUCGGCAUUGCACGUGCUACCCAUCGUCCCUCCAUAUUUAUACCCUUCUCAUUCCUCUCCUUUUGUUAUCACCAUCUCUUUCUUGAAUUCUUUUUUUCUUGAAUAACAAACACUCUUUUAACAACAAUGGUAGAACCAGCAGGAGAUACUUCAGGAGCAACAAAGGUAGUACCUUUGUUGAAAGAUGAGCUUGAUAUAGUUAUACCAACUAUAAGGAAUCUUGAUUUCUUGGAGAUGUGGAGGCCUUUCUUUGAGCCUUACCAUCUUAUUAUUGUUCAGGAUGGUGACCCUUCGAAAAUUAUUUCUGUUCCUGAUGGUUUUGAUUAUGAACUCUAUAAUAGGAACGAUAUUAACAGGAUUCUUGGUCCUAAGGCUUCUUGUAUAUCUUUCAAAGACUCUGCUUGUCGUUGCUUUGGUUAUAUGGUUUCUAAGAAGAAGUAUAUCUUCACUAUUGAUGAUGAUUGCUUUGUUGCUAAGGAUCCAUCUGACAAGCCGAUUAAUGCACUCGAGCAGCACAUCAAGAACCUUCUCUGCCCAUCCACUCCCUUUUUCUUUAAUACCCUUUAUGAUCCUUACAGAGAGGGUGCGGAUUUUGUGCGUGGAUACCCUUUCAGCCUUCGCGAGGGUGUUCCUACUGCUGUUUCUCACGGCCUCUGGCUCAACAUCCCUGAUUACGAUGCACCUACUCAGCUUGUCAAGCCUCGGGAGAGGAACACUAGAUAUGUGGAUGCUGUUUUGACAAUCCCGAAAGGUACUUUAUUCCCUAUGUGCGGUAUGAAUUUGGCAUUCGACCGUGACUUGAUUGGCCCUGCAAUGUACUUUGGCCUCAUGGGUGAUGGCCAGCCAAUUGGUCGCUAUGACGAUAUGUGGGCUGGCUGGUGCGUCAAGGUUAUCUGUGACCAUUUGGGAUUAGGAGUGAAGACUGGUCUGCCCUAUAUCUACCACAGCAAGGCAAGCAAUCCAUUCGUGAACCUGAAAAAGGAGUACAAGGGCAUCUUUUGGCAGGAGGAGAUCAUUCCAUUCUUCCAAGCUGCAACUCUUCCAAAGGACUGCACCACUGUGCAAAAGUGCUACAUUGAAUUGGCCAAGCAGGUUAAGGACAAGCUGAGCAAGGUUGACCCUUACUUUGAUAAGCUUGCUGAUGCUAUGGUCACUUGGAUUGAGGCCUGGGAUGAGCUUAACCCAUCUGGAGCUUAUACUAUUGUCCCUAAUGGCAAAGCCUAAUUUCAAUUUUUGACUAGUGCCUUUAAUUUUUUUGUCAUUUAAUUUAAUACCAUUGCCCUGAGAAGAAAGAAGGCAAAAGAUGAAGAAGAAAAAGACUGAAGUUUAUACUUUUUAGUCAGAUGCUUGGAUUAUAAAAGAUCAGGGAUGUAAUUUUAUUUUUAUUCAUUUACUUCUUGUUAUGAGCUUUAAAUCAAUAAAACAUAGUUUGUCAUAUAA